AAUCUUUAUUUCUAUUCCUCAAAUCCCCACCUUUGCUGGUCUACUUCUUUACCUCUUUACUUAACUCUUCUGACAGGUAUUUUAAGAACUUCGCUUUACUUUUAUCUUUUGAUUGUAAUUUCUUUUCUUAUUCUUUUUCUCUUAUUUAACUCUAUAUAUCUUCUACUCUCUUCCUUUCCUUCGGACUUGAUAUCGUUGCAACGAGCAUCACUACUAUACUGCAUAUAAAUACAGGUGUGAUUAAUCGUUUCAGUGGUUGUUGCUGCAAUACGAAUACCCAAGAACUACCAGUCCGGAGGGGAUUCUAUUCGACCGAGGAAGCAAGCUUGAGAAAUUUCCUCGAGCCCGUCUUUAUCCAGUUUUAACCUUCCCGAUUUAUUUUCUCCCUUUUCACCGUGGCGACCCUAGCGAUCAGUGUGUUGACUAAUACCCCGUACACCAACCCGGGGCAUUCCACGCAUCACUAUCAUUCGCUGUCUGGUUACCAUCUCACCCAACCGACUGGUGGCCUCUCUCGCUCUGCCCUUCCCGAGUCUUCGGCUCACCUGGAGAGAGGGGGGCCCCCGCCAUGCCCCAGCUUCUUGCGGCCGUCCAUCGAAAGAGACUCGGAGCAUAUGUCGCCGAUUUCUCCAGUGACAGGCCCUUCAUCAGAAGAUGCCCUUCGAACUGAGAAACACAGUGCCCUGGAGAAGAAACGCCCUUUUGUAGACGAGGAUUCGUCUUGGAACGGCCGCGAGCCGGGGCGUCCGCGGCCUGUUUCGUGGCAUCCCUCAACCCCUGUGGAGCCCCCGCUGAGUUCUACCCAGCUUCGUCCCAUUGGAGUCGACUCUAUCUUGAACCCCCCGGCGAGAGCACCAUCAGUAUCUGCUUCCACGGCGGAAACUGGCCGGGAAGGGCUAGGAGACCAGUUCUCAACCUCCCCGUCUCAUCAACAUCUCCCUCCCGCGACAGUACAUCUCCCAUCUCCAUCAACACACGCAAAGCGCUUAUCGGCAUCUCCAGGAGUACGGAGCCGCCAGAUCAUCUCUCCCGUUUCUCCAUCAGCUCGCUUUGUCAGCUCUGGAGUCGGUUAUCCACGAAAAGCGAGUGCUUCCCAGUCUCCGCUAGUUCAGGAAACACGGCCGGGAGCAUAUACCGUGACACCUGGUUCACCCUUGCCUGUGGAUUCGGUAGCUGGACAGCCGAUGUCCGUGUCAGGAUAUCAACAGCCUGUUCCAGUGUCCGUUCAUUCCACACCAACCUUCCAUAGCCGCCGGACAAGUGCUAAUCCAACACCAAACCCGAGCCCUCAGGAGACGAGCCCGACGACACCCAUCUCGACCUUUAGUCAGUUCGGCCGGUCAUCUCCUGCGGCUACUACUGCUUCUGGCCCACAGCCUGCACCAUCAUAUUUGCAUUCUACACCGCAUACCACAAUGGAGCCAGUCAGCCGACUGCCUUCAGUAGUUGCAGGCCACAAGCAUGUGAGUGAGGAGCCUGUCGUCCUGCCUAGUUCCCAGGCGGAAAAUCCCCCUUACCCCGGGAUGAUCCCCUGUAUCCUAGACCUAAAGUCUGGCUCCUCUAGCCAGGCCGAGAAGCGAAAGGCAAAUAGUGAUGCGUCGAGGAGGUUCCGCAACAGGAAACGAAACGAGCUACAAAUGGAGCAGAAGAUCACUGCCCAGCAGGAUGAGAUCCGGAAGCAAACGGAAGUGCUGCAGAGGCAGGCCCAAGAGAUUCGGGCCUUGAUGCAAGAGCGAGACUUUUACCGCUCCGAGAGGGACUUCUACCGCGAGCACGUCAGCCGUCUCGGGCCUUCCGGGCAAAUCCCGGCCCGGCCAGUCUCUCCACGUUCCUUUCAAUCCUCGGAUCGUGACCCUCAGGUCUGGCCUAGUACAGACACCACACAGCGAACUGUGGAUACGAGCGGAGUGCCACCGCCCGCCUCAGCUACCCGAGCAGCUGGUAGCUGGCCAAGUCGAGGGACUCUGGCAGAUGAACAGCAGGCAAGAUCACUGCCACAGUUCCCGGGGCCAUGGACCCGCGCUUGAUUAUGGAAGCAAGAUAUUGGGCUCACAUGUCCCGGCUUAUGCUCUGCUUCCCCUCUGUUUCUUUGGAGGAAAGCUCCGUGCGACUUUUGAAAGGUGCACGCCUUCCCUCUCUAACAUUCUUUCUCUCCCGC